UCCCCUCGUCGAACAGACUCCAUUACCCAGAAUCCCCAGCUCAAAACAGACGACCCCGGCAGCACGUGCGUUAUCAUGGCGGCCACAGCUAAAAACAUGGCUGGUGGUUCCGACGAUUCCAGCAGCAGCAGUGAUGAUGAAGUGAUGAAACGAUGUAAAGAGGCGGUCUGGGAGACACGAAGUGACUCAAAGAAAGAUGGGGAGAUUAAGGUGCAACUUUCAAAGCGCUUUGUUGUCGCUGACCACGAACACGACUGCAACGAGCUCCAGGUCACCCCGGGGUUUCGAACCCACGUCGCGGCCAAGCUGGGGCGUCUUCUUGAAGGUUCCAUUGCAGAAACGUAUACUGAAAAUGUAUCCUGUGUGGAACCAAAACGAUGUGAUAACGAUGAUGAUGAAGAAGGAUUUCGUCUGUUUUCUACGUCCGUACCGGGACAGGCAGCCGAUGAUCCUCCAGCCCCUGUGAGGCGUCGGCCCGUUCCCAGCUCAAGUGAUAGCGACAGCGAGAUGGAAACGAGGCUGAUGGAGGCAGCGGUGUCCGUCAAAGACAUCCUAUCCCAAUCGUCACAGCUCUCUACGCCCGUCGCUCCCUCCGCAUCGCAGAACAAUGAGAAAAAGAGGAAAGUGGCAGAGGGAGAGGAGAGUCAUGUUUGUGUAGCGAAGAAGAAGAAGAAGAGGAAGAAAAAGAAGAAGCAGAAUCAAGAAGGGAGUGAGCAGGUGGACGUAGCAAGUUCUCCUUGUGCUCAAAGGACUGGUGAGCAGGAGGACACACAGGUCAAAGUCAAACGGAAAAAGAAAAAGAAACAAAGAGAAUUACACACAGAAGAACUGAACUAAUGUGUUUGUAACCCAGUCCGUCAAGCUUGAAGGUAUAUUUUCCCCCCACAAAAUGAUUCAUGUCUUUAUUAAUCUGUAUGUACACGGCAAUAGUGUGUCUUCAAAAAAAAACCUUGUGUUUCCAUCGCUGAUGGUUAUUCUUGAAAUAAUCUUUUGUCAUGAAAGAUUUUAUGAUUCAUCAAGGGGAAAAAGGUACUUUAGGGCUGUGAUAAAAUCAAUGCAGGUAACAUGCAAUUUAAAGUUUCAAUUUAAUGCACAGUUUCUUAAUGUUACCAAACAUUUUAAUAAAAAUACAUUUUAGUGUU